CAGCAUCAUACUUCAUCUUCUUCUCGAUUGGCCGAAGAGGGUGCUCUACUGGGUAGAAAGUGGAAAACACUUGCAAAGUAUGACCCUUGAUGGCAAAAACAGGCAGGAAGUCUGGAGAGGCACCUGGACAGCGGACAUGCACAUGGCCUUGGACCUCGGCUCCUCUAGUAUCCUCUGGACCACCAAGGGGCUCGGGCUGCAAAGUCUAAGUCUGCUAAAAAACAGAACGUAUGUUCUGAACAAGACCUGGAGUGACGGCGUGAUAGCUGCCCAUGCGCCCUACCUGGUGACGACGAGUGGAGCGGCUCUCGUGCUCUGGAACAGGAAGACGCUGGAGUCCUUCUCGGUGUCCAAAGAGCCACACGUGAGGAAAGUGGUCAUCCUGGCCGAGAGCCAGGAGGUUCCAGAUCCUGGGGUUGAAGGAGCAGCCACAACCACCCCUCCUGCUCUUCCUCCACCGCGCCCUCUACUUUGCACCCGGUCCUCUGUGCCCUGUCGGGACGGGAAGGGAUGCAUUUCUCGGGAGAACCUCUGUGACGGUGGGCGUGACUGUCAGGAUGGCUCCGAUGAAGAGAACUGUCCCCGUUUCUGCAACAGACCAGGGGUCUUCCAGUGUUUGGAUGGAAGCAAGUGCAUCGAGGCGAAGUACCACUGCGACGGGGCCCAGCAGUGCCUGGACGGGUCGGAUGAGUGGGACUGCUGGAAGCCCACUGAGGAUUGUUCUCUGCGCUGCGACAACAAGACCCGCUGUGUCCCUAAGAGCUGGCUCUGUGACGGCAACCUGGACUGUUCUGACAAAAAAGAUGAACAAGGAUGUACCCGUGAAAAGUGCAGCGUGUCGGAAUUUAGAUGCGAGGAUGGCCAGUGCAUAUCGUAUUCUCUGCGUUGUGACGGGAACCGAGACUGCCGCGACCGCUCGGACGAAGACGGCUGUCCAGUGGCCUGGCCCCUGCGGUGCCCGCCGGGGGAGGUGAAGUGCCCGAGGAGCGGGGAGUGUGUGUUGGCGGAGUGGAUAUGUGACCACGACUUAGACUGCAAAGAUGGAAGCGACGAGAAGAACUGUGACCCUCAGGGGCUUCGCUGUGGCUCCGGCCAGUGGCCCUGUGCCAGUGCGGACCAGUGUGUGCCUGACUCGUGGCGCUGUGAUGGACAGAGCGACUGCAGGGACGGCAGCGACGAGGCUGGGUGCCCCCCCGAGAAGUGCCAGAGCUCUGAGUUCCAGUGCCUCUCCUCUGCCUGCCUCAAACUCAGCCUGGUGUGCGACGGGGAGGAGGACUGUGCCGACGGCUCCGACGAGGGUGGACAGUGCUCGUGGUCAGCAUGCAGCCAAGCACGGUGUUCCCACACCUGCCACCCAACCCCGAGUGGUCCUAUGUGUGCCUGCGAGCGAGGCUUUGAGCUGGAGGGCAGUGGCCGAGUCUGCCAGGAUGUGGAUGAGUGCCAGGGGCCGGGGGCUCGGCCUUGCAGCCAGACCUGCAUCAACACCGAGGGCUCCUACCACUGCGCCUGUCGCCCAGGCUACCUGCUGGAGCCUGAUGGCCACACCUGUAAAGCAGCAGGGACUGAACCAGUCCUGCUCGUGGCAAUUCAGUUUAACCUGCUCCUCUACGGACUGAGGAGCUUGAAAGAAGAUAUUCUGGCAACGACAGACAAGAACCUGACUAUUUUCUCCAUUGACUAUGACUUGCUGGAUCAGAAAGUCUUCUGGACAGAUCUCGGUGCAGAAAGCAUUCAGUGGCUGAGCAUGGACACCAAGAAGAAAGGGACUGUAGUAAAAGGAAUAAAGUCAGACUGCAUAGCGGUCGACUGGAUUGGGAGGAAUCUCUACUGGACAGAUGGGACAGCUGGCCAGAUUUUGGCAAUUCCGUUGACUGCUGUCUGGAGAGGAAAACCUGAGUACACGGUUGUCCUGGAUGACGGCUUGAAUCAACCACGGUCUUUGGCGUUAGACCCCCUAAAUGGGUUAAUGUACUGGUCUGAAAAAGUCGGAGGAGAGUCUCGCAUAGAACAAGCUGGAAUGGAUGGUGGCAACAGAAAAGUGCUCAUCGAGCAAGGCCUGGGCUGGCCAACUAGCAUCGUUCUGGACCAGCUGAGUUGGAAGAUGUUCUGGUCUGACGACAAAUUUCACUGUAUCGGCUCUGCCAAUCUAGACGGUACUGGUGUUAGCAUGUUGCAGCUAACGCAAAUCAAGAGCCCCUUUUCCGUUGCUGUGUUGGAAGACGAAGUCUUCUGGUCUGAAACAAAGACGAGAACAGUGCAGCGUAUGCAGAAGCUGACUGGCAAGAACAGGGCCGUGCUCGUCAAGCGUUUUGAACAGCCUUACGGACUCAAGGUGAUGCACGAAGUCCUGCAGCCCAGGUCCUCCAACCCUUGUCUGGACACUGGGUGUUCUCAUUUGUGCCUUCUGAGCCCACGAUCCAAGGGAAGCUGUCGUUGCCCAGUCGGACUCCUGCUUGCAGAUGACAGUGUCAGCUGUGUCCCCGUCAAGGAGUCUGCAUUUCUGUUCCUGGCGUUGCCCACAGUUAUCACACAGAUUUAUCUGAAAAACCUAGAAGCUUUACUGGAACAAGCAACUUUACCAGAACAUAGGACACUUCCCUUCACCAGUGUGAACCAGCUGGCCUCAGUGGACUACCUGGUCCAGGAAAAGGCCCUCUACCUCUCAGAGUUGGAGAGUGGUGAUAUCAGGCUACUGAGGCUCAAAGAAUCCGGAAAGCUCUCUUGGAGGAAAAUCCUAUCUGUGGUGGGGACAGUGAUCGACCUUGCUGUGGACUGGUUGAGUGGAAACAUAUACUGGAUUGACAGUGAAAAUCCUCAUAUCCAUGUAGUUUCAUCUAAAGGCCAGUAUUCCACUGUCGUGUUCAGCGAAAACCUGCACCGCCCGACCUGUGUGGCGCUCCAUCCACCUACUGUGGUCAUGUGUUUUGUGGAUCUGCGUCCCCAGGGCGACGGUGGGCGUGGCUCCAGCAUUGACUGCGCCUUCAUGGAUGGCAGCAGGAGGAAGGUGCUGUGGCAGAAAUCCCAGGUCCCUGUGGGUCUGACCUUUUCAGAUUCAGGAACUCGAGUAUACUGGGCUGAUACUGGGAGAGGACUCAUAGAAAGUAUUCAACAAGACGGCUCUAGAUACAGAGUAGAUCGCAGAGGAAUCCGGGGCCUUAACCUCUUUGCUUAUGGCCAAGGCAUGCUGUUCUGGACAACGGUUGAUGAUGCCCAAAUCACUAAAGUUUGGUACAGUGAGGCCGAACUUUCAGAAAACCGGUGGUUCGAAGUAGACCAGAAGAUUGUGGAUUUAAAAGUAUACAGUAAACUUCGUCAACAGGACACAAAUAAGGCACCUGAUUGA